AUGCGGCCUUUAGCUACUCGGGUCGCAUUAGCGGCAAAUUUCACUCUCUUUGUCGCAUCGCUUGCGACCGCGCUUCCACACGGUGACGAUGAAUCCAUGGACAUGGCGGGCCCCAGCGGGCCGCAACCUACACCCACCGCAACGCAAGCUACCAGCGAUGGUCCGAUGAGCUACUUUGCAUAUAGCAAGCACUCCAGCACCAUUAUAGCUCAUAUUGCCCUCAUGGUUCUGGGAUGGUGCUUCGUUCUUCCUGUUGCUGUCAUGCUGAGCAUCGCACGCUCGUGGCUCGCGCUUCCAUCGCAAUUCCUUUUCCUGGGUUUCAACGCUUUCGGUGUCCUAUUCGGGGUUAUAUAUAACAACCAGACGCCAGACCUCUACGAGAAUAAUGCACACCACAAACUCGGCUGGAUCGCGACGUGUGUUGUUAGCGCCCAGGUUGUCCUCGCUUUGCUCUUUGCCUAUGCUGGCCGCGGCGAGUCCAACGCGCCCUCUUAUGAACAUGAUACAUUCCUCCCUGUCGCCACCGACGACCAUGAUACUGAGCAUGCUUGCCUCAACGGUGCGAUGCGUGAGCAUCGCUGGUCUCGCGACAGUGGCCAGGGUACGGAUAGUAACUCGUCUUCUAUCCGUAGCCCUGGAUCCUCCUCUUGUGGGUCGCCUACCGAAUACGAUGGAUUUGAAAAGCCCGAGGAACUGCCAGCGAAGAUUACCGCCCAACACGGCUGGAUUCGUCACACGGCUGUUGGUCGCUUCCUGUCCAAGACUCUCCCUGGUCUGAUACCCGGCCGGGUUCUCCGCAUCUUGAAUGUCGUGUAUAACGUCGUUGACCGUGUCAUCCUCCCAUUCGGAUUCACGGCUAUCGCGACUGGGGCUGUGACUUAUGGUGGUAUCAUGAGGGAUCGUGAGAUCUUCAACGGGCUUGCGCACUUCAUCAAGGGUGGUAUCUUCUUCUGGUACGGUAUCCUGACCCUUGGACGCUAUAUUGGUUGCUGGGCAGAUCUGGGCUGGGCCUGGAACAAGAAGCCCUCUGCCUCUAUUGUUGGUUGGAAGUCCAAAGUUCCCUCGGGUGAAGCUACAGAGUCGUUCGUCAUUUUUCUAUACGGCGCGACAAAUGUUUUCCUCGAGCACCUCUCCAGUGCGGGCAAGCCAUGGUCUGCCACAGAUCUCGAGCACGUUUCGAUUUCCGUGCUGUUCUUCGGCGGCGGUCUGGCCGGUAUGCUCUUCGAAUCUAGUUGCGUCCGUGACUGGGUCAACAAGACCGUUCUCGAUAUCCCUGCUCGUGAUGCUUCGGAUGAAGCCUGGACACCACCGAGGUCGCAGGGUGUUUCCUUAAACCCCAUGCCAGCCCUAGUCAUUAUGUUGCUUGGCAUGAUGAUGGGGUCGCACCACCAGACUAGCAUGACAUCGACUAUGGUACACAAGCAGUGGGGUAACAUGCUGGUUGGAUUUGCACUGGCGCGCGGCAUGACAUACGUUCUAUUGUACCUCAAGCCACCGACCUCGUACCUCCCGGCUCGUCCCCCGACGGAAAUAAUUGCUGCGUUCUGCCUGAUCUCGGGAGGUUUGAUUUUCAUGUUGAGUACCCGCAAUGUGAUCGAAGCGAUGGAGUACUACAAACUGGAUGCAAUGUUCACCUUCACCGUCGGCCUGGGCUUCAGUGCUUUCAUCAUGGCCUAUGAGAUCCUGGCCAUUGCCAUCAAGGCCUGGGCUGUGAAGCGUGCCCAGCACUCACGACCAAACUUCCGCUUCCAGUGA